CAUCCAUUUUUGUUCCACUCCUGUACUCCUCUCUUCCGUUAAAACCUCUAUGACAAAAUCCACACGGUGGAAAUCCAUCUCCACGCCCGCGAUUUCCCGGAGCUUCUUCCUCCGAGCCGCCACACCACAAAAGAUCUCCCUCGCCACCUCAUUUUCACCCUCUGCAAGGCAUUCAGAAUGGCCAGCCCAAGCUUCUGCGACAUCCUUGACCGAAUCAAACCCGACUUGCUCAUCUACGAUGUCUUCCAGCCCUGGGCGGCGGAGGCCGCCGCAUCGCGGAAAAUCCCCGCCGUUUGCUACAGCAUCACCGGGGCGGCCUCCAUGGCCUUCGCUCACUACUUGCUACGCCACCGGACAACCAGCGGCUUCCCUUUUCCGGAGAUCUGCAUGAGGCCAGACGAGCUUAAGAAUCUGAGGAAAAACUACGAGAACGUCAACCUGGACGAAAGAAUCGCCAUCCUAAGGGCCAUGGAGAUGUCCACUAAAAUUUGUUUGAUCAACACUAGCAGGGAAAUCAAGGGGAAGUACAUCGACUACAUCUCUGAGAAGCUCGGCAACACCGCAGUGCCCAUUGGCUCACUCAUCCGAGUGCAGGAAAAGAAGGGCAGCAAGGAGGAGGAUGUAGAGAUGAUGAAAUGGCUAGACGGAAAACAAAAACACUCAACGCUAUACCUUUCAUUUGGGAGCGAGUACUACUUGAGUAGGGAGGAGAUUCAAGAAAUAGCUAAAGGACUAGAGCUUAUUAGCAACGCCAAUUUUAUAUGGGUAAUUAGGUUUCCGGCGGGGGAGGAGACUCCCUUGGAGGAGGCACUGCCAAAUGGGUUUUUGGAGAGAGUGAAGGGGAGAGGGAUAAUAGUGGAAAUUACGUGACUGCCCUUAUGUUUCACGGCGAGUUGACAGGCUCAUUAACGGAGGACUACAUUAGGUAAAAAUUGGAAAGUCAUGGAUGUUAUUGGUUAAAAUCAUAAGUCGAUGACCAAUUUGUGAAUUAUGCUAUAGUCGAUGGACCAUUUUGGGUA